AUGUUUGGAGCUUUCCGAGCAACACCUAUAAGCCAGGGCGGGCUCCUUUGGAAGACGCCUUGGAAACUAUCGGUCACUCGCAAAGCGAAUGUUAGGUCGCGACUUAAAAAAGUAGACGCAGUGAUUGAAGCUGUACGAGCCAGUGGGGUUCAAUGCCAUGCUCUGGAACGGGCGUUGGAACUGCCCAAAGAGCAUGAGAUGUUAGCAAAAGACAAAUACACCGUCUAUACGCCCCACGCUGUUGGUUACCGCAAGGGUAUUCAUAAAGUGCCCAAAUGGACGAGAAUUACACAGAGAACAAACCCAAAAGGUUUCUAG